AACACAAAUUUGAUCAAGCUGAUGACUGCCAGUUGAGUGAUAGUCAUCAGUAAACUAUCGGUUAAAAACGUGCACUCAUAAGGUAAAAUAUUAAUGUUAAUUACUGUAAAUUGGAAAGUCUGAUAGCAGCUGGCAGAAAGGACUUCCUGCUGUGCUCAGACCUGCGCUGAGUGGGGAUGAAUGUAUGGCUGAAAGUACUCUGCCAAACACCUCCAGAUUAUGUAGUGGGUGAGAAGCACUGUUCAUAAUAGAGUUCCGUUUCCUGAGGAUUCUCACCCAAGCCACCUGUUGUACUCGUUCUAGCUGAACACCAGUUGUGGAGCUUGCCCUCUUAAUAAGCUAAAAUAAAUAUUAAAUAAUUAUUUUAAAAUAAUUAUACAAAAACACAUACUUUUUGUCCAAGAAAAUUCACCGGAGAUCAACUCAUAUGACACGUUUAUUUAUAAUUUGUACUUCUUGAUUCUCCUCAACGCAGUGAUGGGCUAGUCAGGACUAUCUGCAGAACAGAAUGCAUACUUGUUUUUUUUGUUUGUUUUUUUUACAUUCAGUUAGGUGAGCUGUCACACAGCAACUAGUUAUAUGCAGCUUUCCCAGGUUAAAUACUUUAUUAAUCUUCCACAUGGCACCGUGCAGCUAUCAAAAUAAUACAAAAUUAAAAUGUCGGUCACAACUGUUAAACAUUUUUAUUUUAUUGUUAAUUAGUGGUAAGUCUCAUUUGUUUACCAUGGAAAGUCAAAAUUAUUAUAUUAAAUGUCACAAUAGUAAUUACAUUUUUGUGCAAAUGGUUGUGUUCCCACAGAUCUAAGAUCUUCAUUAAAAUGACCAACAAAAUAUGGCAACUGUCAGACAAGUAAAAAUGAAAACACAUUUUAUGUUCCAUAAGUUACUGUAGUUAGCCAAACCCUUCCAUCCCUCAUCCUGAAUCUCACACCAACUGGUAGCUGAAAAUUGGCUGAAAUAACUGCUGCAAUAUGCACAGGAGUCCAGAGUUAGACACGUCUGCUGGCCUACCUGGUUGUUCUGUAAAUCUGAGGUUACGUUUCCUGACAGUGUUAACGCUGAUGCUAAAUCAGGUUAGGCAGUGUCAUAACUGUAAGCUGUAGCUAAGUGUCCUGCAGGUCACAGCUGAUCAGUCCUAAUAGAUUGAUAACUGCUGUCUUAGUGAUCAGCAGAUAUAAAUAAAUGUAUGUUAAUGUUCCUCGACAGAAUUAAAGCUUCUUUUCGACCAAAGAGAACCAGGUGCUUGUUUGGUUCUAUUUAAGUGUCAAUGUUUUUCUGGUUUAAAUCUCGUGCCUCCUAAAAAACCAGUUUUUUUCAUUGACAAGGAGUCAUUGCAUCACCGUAAAACGUCAGUACAUCACUACAUACGUAGCCGUUCCACAACGUUGGCACACCUUAAACAUGUAAGUGCCAUUCCUGACUUGACAAGCUUACCCUGCGAUCCAGAAACAAAUAAUCUUGAAAACACCAUGGGUAACCAACAUAUGACGUCCCCAUCCACCUCGGAGCUCCAUGUGCUCCGCAGAGGGUGUAUCCUUUAGGAUGUGGUGGGGAAUAGGAUCAGGAGGAGUACGUUGAGACCGCAAAACCCAUUGCAAGGCAAACCACUUGUCCCACGGGAGGAGCAUCUGAUGACAUUGGGCCUAGUUAGACUGCAUUUGCAGCUUUUACAGAAAAACAGACAGCCUCAUCAUGGACAUAAGAUUGUUUUUUCGAAGAAAAGAGCCAGGUUCAGCUGAAUACAAUCUAUUUGUGUAUGAUUGUCAGUCCAAAGAGGAAGAGAUGAAAAAGGGGAAGGAGAGGAGAGAGUGCAAAGUCAGGAAGAACCAGGUUUGCUACUCGGAGCUGGUUACAGGGUGGCUGGUCCCUCCGCCAUCUUGCCCCAAUCCUCCGUGCACCAUAGAUAUCUCAAGACGGAGUCGGCAGCGUCGUCACUUGGCGGCCAUCUUAGGACAGGGGACUGCUCUGGCGCGCUGUACUGUAGUCAAUGUGGCAGCCUGAAGUUUAGAGAAGUGGAAGGUCCUUGCUGCAAUCCUCAAACCAGCAGGAUAAAAUUCUGAAGAUUACAAUAUAAGUAUAAACCAUAAAUUAAGAAUAGUAAGACACUAAAUAACCUUCGACUAAAAAGACAGCUAGCAGACAAUUUUCAUGCCUGAGAUUUAGAAAUAAAUAAAUUCAAAAGCUUAACAUGAUACUGUGCAGCUUGUUAGAGAUAUUGGUCAUCAACCUUUAAUCUUGUUUUUUUGAGAAGGCGAGAUUAACUUAAAAAUUGCCCACUCCAUUGUUGUAACUUCAGUUGGUUAUGGGACAUUGCAAAAAUUCUGGAAAAUGAUUUAUUGAAAAGAGUGGGAACCCUGUUAUUAUUUUUUCUUCAUUCAUUAUUUAUUUUUUGUUCAAAUGUCAUUAUUUUUUUCAUUUUAGCAUUACUUUUUGUUAUUUAUUCAUCAUCAUUUAUUUAUUUUGUCAGUUUGAAUAUUGUCAAUAUUAAAGAUUGACAGUAUAAUAUCUGUGUGUGUAUAGCUAUUUCUUUAUUACCUAUCUACUUAAUAUAAUUUGUAUAUGAAUUCAGUGGUUUUAAUUAUUCUUAAGUAAGCAGUAAAAGAAGUACAUCUCUGACAUUUAUAACAAACCAAGCUGUUGUAAAAUCGGUUGAAAAUUGAGCAAUCUACAGUGAUUUUAAAAUCCAUGCUCCAUUGACUUUAAUGUUAGGAGUGAUCGAGCAGCCCUGUCCCAAGAUGGCCGCCAUGUGGCGACGUUGCUCCCCAUAGGCUGUCAGCGCUCAUGAGCCAUCUCGUGUUUGCCGUGCACAAGUCUCGUGACGUACUUCCGUUUGCGCCAGAGACUGGCAGAUUUGUUUCCGGUUUACUUCCUACUCAAGCCAUUGGGUGCGAGAAUGAAACCGCAACCGACAAAAAGAAAGAAAUACAACCUACGGGAUGUGUUUAAACUCUAGCAAACACAAAGUGGCUCCAGUGAACAUUGCUGUGUACCACUAUGCAGCGCAUCCAGUCGCUAUAACAGCGAAAUAAGCUUCCACCACUUCCCAAAACACACCGGACUUUGUGUGCAGUGGCUGCAAGGGAUUCGAAGAACGGGAUUUACAAUAACCAAACAUACAAAAGUAUGUAGCCGACACUUCGAACCCUAAAAAAUUAAUAUAACUUCCAAGGGGAGACGAGUUUGACUGCCAGCGCCGUACCAUCUCUGUUUGAAUGGAAUGAUUUUAAACAAAAGACACGGGCCAGUGUUUGGGAGCGCUGGCCUCAACCAGCGCAAACUCAGCCGUAUCCAGCUCCGUUGGAAGAAGAGACUGAGCCUAUGGUCCCAAUACUUUUGGAGCAUGAUUAUGGAGCCAGUAGCACUGUGUGUGUGGAGCGGGAACAUUAUGAUAAGAUGCGUGAGGAAAUUGAGAUGCUCAGACAACAACUCCAAACACUCCACUCAUUUGGACUCCAGCAGUUUGCGUCAUGUCCAGAGGACAUCCGAUUUUACACCAGCCUUUUGGGCUCCAUCUGUACCUGGAUGACUCCUCCAGCUGUAAAGGCCAGUCUUCCACGUGACUUUCAUGGCACCUACAGUGACACGCAAGUAAUCCUCGACUGCACAGAGCUGCGUUGUCAAACUCCCUCAUCACUGCUUCUUCAGAGUGAAGUUUUCUCCAAGUCCCACUGCACCUUCAAGGCAAUGGUUGGAGUAUCCCCUCAUGGAGCCCUGACCUUUGUGUCCACCCUCUUUGAAGGUUCGAUGAGUGACACGAAGGUUUUUCGGCAGUCAAGGAUUACAUCACUCCUAAUACCUGACAUGGCAAUCAUGGUUGAUAAAGGCUUCUUGGUUGAUGACCUUGUACCUGGACGCGUUCAUCGCCCUGCCUUUCUCUCUCAGAGGACACAGAUGCUAGAGUUGUCGGCCUUGGAUGAUGAGGUCCGGUUACCAGGAGCACUACUCUGCAGCUUACCAGUUCCGUCCUGCAGCUCCUUCACGCUGUCCUCCUCUCAACAGACCAAAUCAAGACAACGCAGUCUUUGGGAAGCAGUGGUGGCUACAGCAUCGAACAUCAGUCCAGACCACAUCAGGACGUUGACCAACUCAGUGGAUGGGAGGCUGAUGACCGUCAUUGAGAAAAAAGUUUCUUUUCUUUUCUCCUUUUUUCUUUUGUCAGGGCUCCCUCCUCACCCCCAUCCUUCCCACCUGACAUCCCCAAAUACCCCCUUUCCCAUCUACUCCUCUCUCCUUCUCCUGUUCCUCUCCCUCUCAUGCUCCGGUCUCCCAUCCGCUCCUCUGCCCUGUCUGUCUCGCUGUCUCCCAUCCGCUCCUCUGCCCUGUCUGUCUCGCUGUCUCCCAUUCGCUCCUCUGCCCUGUCUCUCCCUCUACAGCUCGGCACCUGAGUGGAGUUCAGCUUCCCAGCUGACUCCACUCAGGCAAUCAACCUCCUCUACGGCUCCCGGACAGCUGAGGGACAUCACACUGAUUACUCAACUCAACAAUAAGAACCGGCUCAUCCUUCCACUCCCUGCCAGAUUGUUGAACAAAGACCUCACAACCCAGCUGUCUGGGAUCCAACCACCCAGAACCCUCAUCUGCUCUUCCCAGCCAAUUCGUCACUGGUUUCCCCCCUCACUGGACCCCCCAUUCCUGCCUGGACCCCCCAUUCCUGCCUGGACCCCCCUGACCUGCUUCCCUCCCCACCACUCGGAGAUCCACCUGGCCAAACCCCCCACUACUUCAGCCGCUCCCCGCUCCUGCACCCUGGUUUUUCCCCCACCGAGCCACUAUUCACCCACUUACAAUAAAACUCCUUCUCAGUUCCACCGGCCUUGGUAGCGUGGCUUUCUGUUCGGGUCCGCCUUCUGAGACCGUGACAUCUUUCUUCUUUUCCUUUCUCCCUUCAAAGUGAUUUUUGUGAACUCUGUCACUGUAUGUUUCAUUACCAUGUAGAUGUUGAUGUUACCUUUGACUUUGUGAAAUAAAUAUGUAAAAAAAAAAAAAAGUUGGUGCCCAAAACAGCCCCAGUUUUUGGACAGCGGUCACGCCAGCUGCUCUUUAACGUAGAGUGCGCGUUUACAACGCUUCAUA